CUUGAACCGACGACAAGUCGUUGUUAUUUAUUAGAACAUUAGCUAUCUAUAAAGGAACAUUGACGAACAGUGAAGCAGAUACUCUGCCUCUUCACAAAAUGGACAAGGGGUUAAAUUUCGAUGAAAUUAUUGAGACAAUAGGUAGUUAUGGUAAAUACCAGAAAAUCCAGGUUGCUCUACUUUGUUUACCUCACAUUCAAGCUGCUGCGUUUAUGGUGAUAUCUGUACUACUGCUAGGAGUACCAGAUUACAGAUGUCAAAUACCAGGAUAUGCCGCCGACACUUACCGUAUACAGAACUCGACACACCUAACAAUGGUGGACGAUUAUAUACCGGUAUCAUCCGACAGUACCAAGGACUACGACCAGUGUCAUAUAUAUACUAUUAAUGACACUGGCAGCAACAACAACACAUUUUACGGCAACAGAUCGACGGUGGAAUGUGACAAAUGGGUGUACAGCCAGACAACAUUCACUGAAACGUUCGUAUCAAAGCACGACCUUGUUUGCAGCCAUGGAGAUACGCUAUCGUUGACAAAGAUGAUGUACUUUGUAGGCGUUCUCGUCGGAUCCUUCACCUUUGGAUUAAUCGCGGACAGAUUUGGGCGAAAGUUUUCAAUGUGUUGUGCCCUACUUAUACUAAGUACGACCUCGGUGGGCUUGUCUUGGGCCCCAAAUUUGCCUGUCUAUAUAGUUCUACGGUUCCUGAUCGGUGCUUCCACAAUGGGGAUAGUACUCACUACAUUUGUACUAACAUUGGAGAUGGUUGGUCCUAGAAAGCGUGUACGAGCAGUGAUGGUGAACGGGUUCUUCUUUGCUGGCGGAGAGGUGAUGCUGGCCGCACUUGGGUAUUGGUUACGGGAUUGGCAAUUCAUUGAGCUGAUCUGUGGCGGAACGGUAGUAUUCUACCUGUCUUAUAUCUGGUUGGUUCCAGAAUCUCCAAGAUGGCUUCUUAAUAGUGGUCGUAUAAAGGAUGCAGAAAAAGUGCUAAAAAAAAUAGCGGAGGGCAACAAAAAGACCGAGUGUUUUAAGCCAAUACUAAAUUAUGAAGAAGACAAGAAACAAACAGGAAAAAUCUGGCAUAUUUUUACCUCCAGAGUUUUGCUGACAAGGACUCUGAUAUUGUUCCUGAAUUGGUGUGUUAUUUCGAUGACGUUUUACGGAUUGUCGAUGAAUGCUGGUAAUAUCGGUGGUGACUUUUAUCUGAACUUCUUGUUACUUGGUUUGAUGGAUUUCCCGUCUACUGUACUGAAUCUGUUGUUGCUGAACCGUGUGGGCAGGAAAAGACUGCACUGUACCUGUAUGAUCGUUGGAGGCGUGUCAUGUCUGUCAACACUUUUUACUACCACCUACGGAGGCGAAUCUCUACACACGUUGACCGUCAUACUGGUGUUGAUAGGAAAGCUAGGGGCAGGUUCUGCGUUUGGAAGUGUCUAUAUUAUGACGUCAGAACUGUAUCCCACUGUUGUACGCAAUGCUGGAAUGGGCGCCUGCUCCUGUUUUGCCCGUUUUGGAUCUAUGGUAGCUCCUUACGUCAUAUCAGCAGCCGCAGACAUCGAAGGAACCAUCGGCAAGGUACUUCCUUUGAUUAUAUUUGGUUCAGCCUCCAUUGCUGCUGGCUUGAUAGCUCUCCUGCUUCCAGAAACACUUAAUAAAGACUUGCCGGAUACUAUUGAAGAGGCGGAACUAUUUGGAACACCAGAAUAUGAUUCCAUGAGAAAAGAAGCAAGUAUCAAUAAAGGUUUUUCAAUGGAAAUGAAAUGAUGCCGAAAAGGUGGGACUGCUGUGCUAUAACAAGCCAUCCAGGCCUUUAACGUG